GCGCGCUAUAUCAUAUUCCCGCAUAUUAGCUAAUUUUUGAAAUAUUUACUGCUAUAUUACGUUACAGCUUAUUAUGUGAUACAGGUAGUAUCCAUCCAUUUCUCGAAAGUACCUCUACUACUUCGUAUAGAUAUUUACAUAUAUGUGACUUGCUCCUGGUGCUUCGAAGCAUUGAAAAUUUGACCUUCUAUAUUUCAUAUCUUUAAACCAGUAAAGCAACGUAUACUAAAGUGCUAAUUUUAUACAUCUUCACAAUAAGAUCGUAUUCGGCUAUGCUGUACACAUCGAUGUAAAUACAGCACUUCCUGUUCCUGUGCAUGCGGAAUAACUCGUUACAAAAAUGACCUCCAUGCAUCAACACAUUCGGGGUUCACUUUUACACUGGACGGAUGUUGUUGUUAUUACCGGCUAUUUCGUGUUGGUUCUGGCUGUCGGGAUUUGGUCCUCUCGGCAAACGGUCAGAUCUGGAUCCAUAUCCAAUUAUUUCCUGGCCGGAAGGAGUAUGAACUUUGUACUGGUGGGAACUUCUCUUUUUGCCUCUAACAUUGGAUCUGGUCACUUCAUAGGACUCGCUGGGAGCGGCGCUGCUACGGGAAUCGGGAUAGCGGCCUUUGAGCUUAAUGCUGUUUUUAUAACAUUACUCCUGGGAUGGAUUUUUGUGCCGGUCUACAUUGCUGCGGGGAUUUACACGAUGCCAGAGUAUUUGCAAAAGCGUUACGGUGGUCAACGGAUUCGGAUAUACUUAUCGCUUCUCACGCUCUUCCUCUAUGUAUUUACGAAGAUCUCGGCUGAUUUAUUUGCGGGAGCCAUUUUUAUUGAACAGUCGCUACAGUGGGAUUUAUACUUGAGUGCAGCCGUUCUGCUGUUCAUUGCGGCAUUUUUUACGAUAACAGGUGGUUUAAGUGCGGUAAUAUGGACGGAUUUUGUGCAGUGUGUUAUUAUGUUGGCUGGAGCUAUGUCACUUUUAGUCGUUGUAAUGGUAAAAGUCGGCGGCUACCAAUCUCUGAUCUCUCAGUUCCCUCUGGUUAAGCCCACGGAAAUCUGGCCUAACCGAACUGAGUGUACGCACGUUCCCAAAAAUUUCCUGCAUUUAUUACGGGAUGCACAGGAUACUGAACUGCCGUGGCCAGGAAUAGUAUUUGGACUGUCUAUAUCAUCCAUUUGGUAUUGGUGUUCCGAUCAAGUUAUUGUCCAGCGUGUUUUAGCCAGCAAAAACUUUUCUCACGCCAAAGCGUCAUGUGUAGUCGCCGGCUAUCUAAAACUGCUGCCCAUGUUUUUCAUGGUAUUCCCAGGAAUGGCGGCACGGGUGCUCUUUCCAGACGAAGUAGCUUGCGUAAAUCCUGACGUCUGCGAACGCGUGUGCGGAUCCAGAUUAGGAUGCACCAAUAUAGCCUAUCCAAAGAUCGUAUUGGAGCUGAUGCCGCAAGGUUUAAGAGGAUUAAUGCUAGCGGUUAUGAUGGCGGCAUUGAUGAGCUCUUUAACCUCCAUUUUUAACAGCAGCUCCACCAUAUUCACAAUCGAUAUAUGGAAAAGUUGCCGCCAGACGGCUUCGGAAACCGAGUUGGUUAUCGUUGGAAGAAUAGUAACCGGAGUCAUGAUUUUGGUGUCCUUUCUGUGGGUGCCAAUCAUAAAAGCCACACAAGGAUCUCAGCUCAUGCACUAUAUUCAAUCCAUCACUUCCUACUUGGCGCCUCCGAUUGCCGCGGUAUACUUCCUUGGCGUAUUUACCACAAGAAUCAACGAGAAAGGGGCAUUCUGGGGUUUGAUAGUUGGACUCAUGUUAGGAAUUGUUCGUUUUAUUUUGGAAUUUUUCGUAUAUCCGAGCGUGCCAUGUGGGGAAAUUGACCGGCGUCCGAGCAUAAUUAAAGAUAUCCAUUAUCUGCAUUUUGGAUUAAUUUUGUUUCUGUUGUGCGUUUGCGUUAUUGUUUCGGUCAGUCUUCUCACAGAAUCGCCGGACCAAAGACCGCUCGCCCGUGUGACGUUCAUGACCCGGCACAACCCCGUCAGUAAGCGUUAUGAGGCGGACGAUAUGGACCCCAAUCCACACGAUAAAACUGACAUGGAUAUGCUGGAAACACAAGUAGUUGAACCGAAGACCUGGAUCCAAAAAUGUGGUAGCAUUUGCUGCAUUACGGAACCGAGUCCAACGACUCUUUCAGAAGCGGAAAUACAAGAACAAGAACAGCGAAUGGUUUCUUUAAACGAGAAUAUUAUCAUGAAGCGAGCUUCAACAGUUGCGGCAUUGUUUCUCAUGGUCAUUGGAAUCUUCUGCUUCGGAUUUUUCGCUUAAUUUGCACAACACUUGCAUUACUAUACGAAAAUAUCUGCAUAUUCUUUUUUUAUCCAGAUCUAUUCUUCAUAGUUAUUACGCUUAAGUUUUAGGCGUGACAUUAUAUGCUUAAAAAACCAAGGCACUUCGCAGUUAAUAAACAAAUUAUCACCAUCAAGAAAUUCCGGUAACGUCACCGAACUGGCAUGGAGGAAGAGCGGAAGUGUCCGGACCUUAGCUUGACGAAUUUUCAGCUUUGUCAGUGUAUCUUUCGAUAACUUCUGUUAGGAAAAGAGUAUUUAGUUAUUUAGUACACCGGCUUCAUGCUUACACAUAUCUGUACAUACCUGUGGAGCGAGCUUAGCAAAAUGGGAAUAUUUGUGGCUGAAAAAAAGUCAAUGCAAUUACGGAUUUAAAAAUUCCAGAAAAAAACGUGGCGACUUACUCUCCCAAUAUCGGGCAUCCUAACGCGUGUGAC